AUAUACGCGGCUCCUCCUGCUCUGAUGAACAGAUGCAGAACACAGUACAACUAAACAGAUUCCAACACAACUACAGUAGUACCGUGCUAGUAGAAAAUGGCCGGAGGAGGCGAUGAGCUGAAGCUACUCGGCACGUUCGCGAGCCCGUUCGUCAUGCGAGCGAAGCUGGCGCUCAGCUUCAAGGGCCUGAGCUUCGAGGACGUCGAGGAAGACCUGGCCAACAAGAGCCAGCUCCUCCUCGAGUCCAACCCGGCGGAGAAGAAGGUGCCCGUGCUCAUCCACAACGGCAAGCCCGUCUGCGACUCGCGUGUCAUCGUGCAGUACAUCGACGAGGCCUUCAGCGGCAACGGCGCGCCUCUCCUCCCCGCCGACCCCUACGAGCGCGCCGUCGCUCGCUUUUGGGCCGCCUACGUCGACGACAAGCUCUUGGCGUCUUGGCUGCAGGCCGCGAGGGGCAAGACGGAGGAGGAGAAGGCGGAGGGGCUGAAGCAGACGCUCGUGGCGGUGGAGACCAUGGAGGCGGCCUUCAAGACGUGCUCCAAGGGGAAGCCUUUCUUCGGCGGCGACAGGGUUGGGUACCUGGACGUGACGCUCGGCGGUCUGGUCGUCUGGGUGCACGCCGGCGCGGCGCUGUAUGGCAUGCGGCUUUUCGACGACGCCAAGAGCCCUUUCCUGGCGGCCUGGGUGGAGCGCUUCGGCGCGCUGGACGCCGCCAAGGCUGUCCUGCCGGCCGUCGAAAGAGUGGUCGAGUUCGCCAAGAUGAGACAGGCGCAGGCUGCGGCACCGGCCACGGCAGGAGGCAACUAAGCUGCCCAUAACCACGUGUUUAGACAUCAUCAGCUCGGAGUCUGCAAUGCUACGUUGCCAACACCAGAGUGUGUUACUGAUUGUUGUACUGGUUCCGUUGCUCUUGCGAAUAAAAAAUUUCUCAGCAA